GGUGCUAAACUUCAAACACAAAUCAAAGAAGGAACUCAUGGUAGUUUCUUGUUUAAAGAUGAGUAAUCUCAGAAUGUCCUAUUCCUACUACACGGUUUCUUUCAAAGCCAUUCUGCUCUUGCUUCUCCACAUUUCCAGUUCUCAAACUCUCACAAAUGCUACUUCUACUUUUCCUUCAAAUACAACUGAUCAUAUGGCCUUGAUUGCCUUCAAGUCUAAGAUUUCAAAUGACCCUCGUGGGACUUUCAAGUCCUGGAAUGAUUCUAUCCACUUCUGCCAGUGGGAAGGCAUCACUUGCAGUCGAACUGGGGAUAGAGUCACCACCUUGGAUUUAUCAUCUAGGGGCUUGGUGGGGUAUUUGUCUCCAUUCUUAGGAAAUUUGAGCUUCCUUCAAGAGAUUAGACUUUCCAAGAAUAGCUUUCAUGGUGAUCUUCCGCCUGAAAUUGGUCGUCUAUCCAGGUUACAAAUGCUCAUUCUCAAUAACAACCUUUUUGAAGGAGAGCUCCCAUCUAAUCUGUCUCAUUGCUCCAACCUCAAGGUCCUCGAAAUUAGUUACAACAAGUUAGAGGGAAAGCUUCCAAUGGAGCUUGCUUCCAUGUGCAAGCUCAUAAAUAUUUCCAUUGGCCACAACAAUUUUUCUGGAGGAAUCCCGCCUUUCAUCGGUAAUUUAACCGCUCUGUUGUCCUUAUCUGCAACUGGUAAUGAUUUUGGAGGCAACAUUCCGGAAGCCUUAGGCCAGUUAAAAAGCCUCAGGAUUCUUAAACUCGGAGCUAAUAAUCUUGUUGGUAAGAUUCCCACAUCAAUAUAUAAUCUUUCCAUGCUUUCUGUUUUUGCCGUUUCUGAUAAUCAACUUCAAGGAAAUAUUCCAUGGGACGUAGGACUCACCCUUCCUCAGCUUAUGCGCUUUCAAUUAUGGGGAAACCAUUUUAGUGGGCAGAUUCCAGUAACAUUAUCCAAUGCUUCAAAACUUGAAUUUGUAGACAUGGGAAAUAAUUUAACUGGGAAAGUAACAGUUCCUUUUGGGCACCUACAACAUCUAAAAUGGCUAACUUUGAGUAUGAAUCAUCUAGGAAGUGGAGAAGCUGAUGAAAUGGAUUUUUUAACUUCUUUAGCCAACUGUAGCAAAUUGGUCAGGGUGUUACUUUACAAUAAUCAGUUUCAUGGAAGAGUGCCUGAUUCUAUAGCCAAUUUCUCAAAUCAACUCACACAUCUUGUGCUUAACGCGAAUAACCUAUUUGGAGACAUCCCCUCUGGGUUAGGGAAUCUUGUCAGCUUAAAUGAGUUGGCAUUAGAUAUGAAUCAAUUUACAGGCAAAAUUCCAAGAGAAAUAGGUAAGCUUAAACAACUAGAAUAUUUAAGUUUAUUCAUGAAUAAACUCUCCGGAGAAAUUCCAAAUUCCUUUGGAAACUUAACGUUGUUGUUUAAGCUUUUUCUUGAUCAUAACAGAUUAAAUGGAAGCAUACCUUCAAGUCUUGGGAAUUGUCAAAAUUUAGAGUCGUUUUUUCUUUCUGAAAAUGACCUCAGCGGCCCUAUACCCAAAGAACUUUUUAGCAUUUCUACUUUGAGUAUUGCAUUAGAUCUGUCUCACAAUCAUCUGGUUGGAUCUCUACCAUCAGAAGUUGGUAUACUGAAAAACUUAGGCAAGCUAGAUGUGUCUGACAACAUGCUGUCCGGUGAAAUCCCGAGUAACCUUAUUGGUUGCACCAGUCUAGAGUUCCUUUUCCUUGAUAGAAACCACUUUCAAGGAAGCAUUCCUCAAAUUUUCAGCUCUCUAAGGGGAAUUCGGAAUAUUGGUCUUUCCUCCAACAAUUUAAUGGGUGAGAUCCCUCAAUACAUGGAAAAUCUCGCAUUGGAGUAUUUGAAUCUAUCUUUCAAUAACUUGGACGGAGAGAUUCCAACAAAAGGUGUCUUCAGUAAUGCAAGUGCAGUAUUUGUCGAAGGAAACAAGAACCUUUGUGGAGGAAUUGUUGAACUCGGGUUGCCUAAAUGCAACAUCAAAGCAACAAAGAAAGGAGAAUUGUCAUCUGUGCAUGUAGUUAUUAUAGUUAUCUCACUUUUGGGAGUAACCAUUGUCUCUUUCUUCUUGCUUUGUUGGACUAGAAAAAAAAAUAGGGAGCAGCCUUCUGGAGUCUCUUUGAAAGAGCCUCUUAGGCAACUUUCUUACCACAGUCUUCUUAGAGCGACAAAUGGAUUUUCUGCAACAAAUUUACUUGGUAAGGGGAGCUUUGGUUUUGUCUACAAGGGAGUUCUCGAAGAAGAUGGAACUAAUGUUGCGAUCAAAGUACUGGAUCUUCAGCAUCGAGGGGCUUCCAAGAGUUUUAUGGCAGAGUGUGAAGCCUUGAGGAACAUUCGUCAUCAAAACCUUCUAAAGAUCAUAACGUCUUGCUCGAGCAUUGAUUUCCAAGGCAACGAUUUCAAGGCUCUGGUUUAUGAGUUGAUGCACAAUGGAAGCCUGGAGAAUUGGUUGCAUACGUCUUCUCAAGAAACAAACAAUGGCCAAAGCAGAGUCCAAAGUCUAAACCUGCUACAGAGGAUAAAUAUUGCUAUUGAUGUUGCUUCUGCUCUUCAAUAUCUUCAUUACCAUUGCGGGAAGCCGUUUGUUCAUUGCGAUCUAAAACCAAGCAAUGUACUUCUUGACAAGGACAUGAUUGCUCACCUUGGAGAUUUUGGGCUUGCAAGAUUUAUUUCAGAAUCCAAAAUGCUAAAUCAAAGUAGUAGCUCAAUUGGAGUGAGGGGAACAAUUGGGUACAUUGCUCCAGAGUAUGGCAUGGGAGGUGAGGCAUCAAUACAUGGUGAUCUAUAUAGUUAUGGAAUCCUGCUGCUCGAGCUGAUGACAGGAAAGAGACCCACAGAUAGUCUCUUCGGAGGAGGUCUUAACCUUCAUACCUAUGCUAGAAUGGCCUUGCCAAAUCAGAUUACAGAGAUUGUAGACCCAAAACUCCUCCAAGAAGCAGAACCAACCGUUGUUAAUAGACAGAGGUCACGAAUUAACAUCAUAAUGGAUUGCCUAGUCUCAACGAUCAAGAUCGGUGUGGCAUGUUCCAUGGAGUCACCUCAAGACCGUAUGGUCACCAAUGUUGUACUCAGCGAGCUGCAUCUUAUCAAGAACAAUCUUCAACGUAUCCGAUCAAACAACUAACAUUGCUCCAAGUAGCAGGUCUGGACUUUUAAACAUAUUUAGCUAUGAAUCUAAGAAGAAAGUACAUUGUUGCGUACUCAAUAGGUGUGAGGCUUUCCUAGUGUGGUUUUAACCUUCUGCUUUUGUGGCUUUUUCUGUGCUCCUUCAGUUUCGUUUCCUUUCUUUUGUUUUGAACCGUGUUGAGGUUUCCUCAUACCAUAAAAAUGUUGUAUGAUCAUGGAAGAAUAAGAUUGUAAUUUAUCU